GACAGAUAGCGUCUCAGCAAUACGCCUGCGUGUUGUGAUACCCCCACCAUACAGGUGGCAAGUGAAGGAUGCCGUGGCGAUGAGGCUAGGAGUGACGUGGUGGUGGGUGGCUUGGCUGCUGAUGCUAGCGGAGGCCAAGAAGAUUGCAAACUCCAUCAACAGGCAGCACCAAGGGGAUAUGUUCACUACAAAGGACGUGCCGUGUUCAAGCGAGGUGUGUGUAGGCCGAAGUAGUGGCACGGCCGCCAUGCUACCUCAGCCAGCGUCUUCCGUGUGCUCCUGUCAAUGUCUUCAACACCUUCCUGUCUUCAGGGACGACCUUCAUAUCUGCGUCGACGAUAUUCACGAAUGUCCCCUUGCCUCUUUCCAGUCCGGCACGACUCAACAGAAGAUCCCCUUCGUGUUCCUUCCCCUCAGAGGCCAGAUAGUCUACCCUAGCGCCGAGAUCAGCUUCCCAGGUUCAUUGUCACCGAUAUGUGUUGUGUCCGGGUCACAGUUCCUCACCAGUCACGGUUGGGCAGAUCUUCGUUCCAGGAACGGUACUCAGUCAGAACCACCGUUCCGUCUCUACCGUGAUGAAGGGAGGACCUUCCUUCAGUGGCUGGGAGACUCAGAGUUAAGGCUCCACAUGGAAGGUCGGCUACUGAUGGUUCACCUCAUGUGUAAGGAUCUGGAGAACAGCACCAACAUCUUCAUGCCUUGUGUCGCCUUCAGAGUUGCAGGAUCUCCUCGUAGCAUGGAAUCAGCCCCAGUCACACACACAAACUUGCCCUCAGGAAGUGGAGGGGUGGGUGUGAGAGAGGUCUCCUUCUCAGCUGAUGCUCAUGCAGGAACCAAUAAUACCAACCCGACAGAGUACGCCGCCAUCGCUGUCUGCUCAGUACUGCUCGGAUUGGUUUAUGUUUCUUCAGUGCUACUCUACUUGCAUUUGAGGAAGCGUAAGAGGGAAGCGUUAACUCCACUGCAGGGGGAUGAGAGUGGGCCUCCUCCUGGCGCAGGGGGUGAGGAGGGAGUGAUAAAAAACAACCCUCUGUUACGACAUUGUCACGACAACAGUGGCUACGUUAGUGACGAUGACUGCUGCUCCGGUGUCAAUGAUGAUGAUGAUGAUAAUAUUGAAGCACUGCCUGAUGACGAGCCUGGAACGCCGCCCCCUACCAAUAUCCAAGUGACAUGUGCCAUGGUCCAUCCGUGCACUCACGAGAUGUUUAGCUAUGAGAACUCAGUUCUCCCCGACAUCCAUCAAGACUCAAGUGCCAUUGAGAGAUUGCCUGAGGAGAACGUAUCCAUUGUAGAGACACCCGAGGGACGCGAGGAUCGGCCAGAAACUGUGAGAGCCAUUGCAGCCGCCAACACCCGGAGGAAAUUGUACUUCAACCCGGCCUUCUUUGACCUGGAACUGCUCUUGGCACCUCCCCCAGCAGCUCUUGAAUUCCUCACCAAGAUUCGCGAGGUGAUUGCCAUCGCCAAGCACAAGAUGGCGUCCAAGAAGUUCCUGCCAAGUCUGUUGGGUAUCCCUGAAGAGUGUGAUGGAGUGACAGCUGGUAGAGGUUGUGGCAGCGUAGCUUCCGGCAGCGUCAGCGUCGUAACCGUGAGACAGAACCCGGGCAGACGACGGAGUUGCGAGGGUUGUCCAGGUUGCUCAAGACCCCCACCAUGCCAGUCGUGCUGUCCAGAGAACAAACAUUCCAGCAUCAGAAAGUGGCUUGAGGAUGUUCGACCUCCUACUGUCCCAGAAUCAGUUGCUCCAGUCAUCAAGGAAGUUGUCCACAAACCAACUAAACAUGGAUCAACCAAGGGAAGAGCUCCUGACAUUCCGAAACAAGUGCAGAAAAAACCAGUUGAAUUGAUUGACAAGACAAAAUCAAACAAGACGCAGUUGAUCAAAAACACAGUGGAGGAAAUCAACAAGAUCAAUGACGAUCUGAACAAGAUCUUAGAAUCCCAGUCUCUGAAAACCUCAAGUGUUACAGGUAAAGUAAUCGGAUCAGAAAACAAGAACAAUGUGAAAAAGAGCGAUCAGUACGCAUCAGUGGAACCUAAAGAGGCAUGGAACGAUAUUUUGUUCAAGUCGUCAAUCAGUGAUGCUAAUGAAGACGGUAUGAAAGUUCCAUCUCCCCCUCCUCCAUCAGUGUGCAGCAGUAUACACAGAGGAAGCAACAGAAUCAGUCACACCGAGCCUACCGAUGAACCGGUCGUUCCACAGGUUGCCAGACACCUCAUGGAUGCAGUCAUCAAGGAGUUUGUAGAUCAAAGAUCUCUUGAACCCAAACCGAGUCCACCGAUCAGGAGCGAUUCUUUGCCAUCGCAAAAGGAAGGCCCGACUUCUAUUGAGUACGAUACAGACAGUUUGGAUCGUACUUUAACCCGGCAAUCAGAAGGGCGCGAGUGUGAGGGUAUGAGGACACCCUCGGAUUAUGGUGGUUUGGAGGUAAGAAAUAACAAUGUCAGUAAUCUACCUAUGGAAGAAGAACUAACUAUGAGGAACUCUGUAUUCAAUAAGAAAACUGGAAACACUACCAUAUCAAAACUGAAGAACGAUAUCGAUCAGAAAAGAGAGACAAGUGAUGAUCAUGACUAUGAAGUUAUUCUAUUGAACCCUGAUAACAAUAAACUGAAUCUGCCAGAUAUUUUGUCUAGAGUUGAGGGUUACAGCUUGGUAAGUGAGGUGUACGUAAAUGAUGGGUACAGUUUUGGAAGUGCAUCCAGUAUAAGAAGCAAUGAAUCUUCCUGCGCUUCUUUACCUAACGAGACAACUGAGCCUAAAAUAAAAUACGACGAACCAGGUCAUCUCACAAUUGAAGUUGAAGAUUCACCUCGAAAUUAUGAAAGAACUUACGAUUCUGAUUCAUUUGAACCUGACACACUGGACAGGAAGCCAAGUAAAUUCAAAAUAAAUAGUGAAGGCCAGUUUGAAUACCAGUACAACAAAGAUUCCUAUGUGGACUCAUUGGAAAGGCCGACACAAAUAUCACUGAAGACUACUGGAAGUUUUAGAAGUGAUUCAUCAGUUUGCUGGUAUGAUACAUCCAACUUUCCUAAUAUGGUCGGGUCACCACUGAACCGGACAUUUGGAAGUCUAAGAGAAAUCUUUGAAGCAAAAAAUCGAUACCAUCGCAAUGGAAAUGUGAGAUCAGAAACGCUAAGUCCAGUGGGAUCGACGAGAUCCCUAGACACUGAUUGCUACAGCACAAUGUCUCUGAAGAGAGGGAAGCCAAAACUUCUGAGACCAGAGGCGAAACAAGCUAAGCGGCAGAGGCCACCGUCACCCAAGGAAUAUAUCCCACCGAGACCUCCAAAAGCAAUUUACACGAAUGAGCAUUUUAGUUCAAAAAAUGGAGUGGGUUUUGGGGAUGAUAGCCCCCCUUUGCCACCUCGCAAUAACAAACCCCCUCUGCCGCCAAAAAACGGCCAAGUCAGAAGCAUUAGUCAGCGAGUGGCAGCGUUCAACCAGCUAUCGGCCGUGUCCCACCUGUCAUCUGCUACUCGCGGCGUUCUGACUCAUGCUUCUGGCCACAGCCCGACCUCCUCUGACUACGAAGCUGUUGAAACUCAAUCAAAAAAUCUCGGACGCCGAUUAGAAAUGUCGCUACAAACAGAACUGCAGAGGAAAUUCGAAGCAGCACACGAACGCAGAAUCACCUCGAGAACAAAAAACCAACGGGACAAAAGACACGUUAAUUUCAUCAGAAAAACUCAACGUGUAUCAAAAGUUCCUCACCGUACAGAAGAUUCGGGCUACCUCAGCAGCGAUUCUGACUGCCAAAAAAGGAACGAGAGUUUGAGCGAGACAGAUGAUUCUUUGUGCGAUGGAGCCAGCGAGUCAGGAGGCGAGAGUAUUGCGACAGAUUCAUUCUUUUUCGGAAAAUCCCACAAACUAUCUGUGGCAGAGUCGGUAGACAGUGGGGUGGGGGAAGGUUUAGGUGGUGGAGGGGGAGGUUUAGGUGUCGCCUCAGUCCACAGUGACUCUGACAGCAAUGUCAGCUUUGUAACUGUGUUGCCAACAGACUUGCUGAGAACAAACGUGAUGCUGAGGCCAACAGUGAAGUGACAGCUCUAAACAAACUUUGCCACAAUAGUAUUUAUGUAAUUUAGUUGUUGGUCAAACCAAGUCAUAAGGUUGAUUUUAACGUAGAUUAAAAUUCAUAGUUGCCAAAUUGUACCAUACUGUUGAUAUUUGUAAAGGCUGAGAGAGGAGUUAGGCUGGGUUGUGCAAUCUCUAUACCCUUUAAGGUGCUUGGGUCUGGGAAACUUUAUGGGGUUAGUUGUGUGAUGCAUCCUUUUCUAAUUUGAGGAAAAUACUAAAGUUACAUCAAAAGUCUCUUUUUUUUGGUAAAAUAACUUUUUAGUAUUUUUUUUCUAUGUAUCAUUUUACAUUCAUAUAACUAUGAGAGUUAUAAUUGUUAGCUUUUGAUGAUUCUAGGAGUAAUGAUUACAUGGUCACACUGAUGAACACUGUUGUUGUCUUCAAGGUAGAUCCCUGAAACACUUUGAUGAUGUGACAUAGUUCUACUUGAAGAUAAUGAUAGUUGUGAGUUUGAUGAUUUAUAAUACAGUGCUUUGAUCAUGUUUUUAAGCACAAAAUUCACUUUAAGAAAUCUGUUUAGCUGGCCCUAGUUCUUUACUAAUUAAAAACACAGUUUUCAAAUUAACUCAAUUUUUAAGGACUACGCAAAACAGUUGGGGUGUCAACAGUUUCUUCUUUCGUUUUCAUUCUGGCAUUCUUGUUAAUGUUAAGUUGUAAAAUUGUAAAAUGGAUUGUGAAUAUGUAAAUUUGUAUUUAUAAAAAAAGCAAAUAUGCAGUACAGCAUGACCAAUGAUUGUAUGAAAGCAAGAAAGAAUUUUAGUAGAGUAUAACUUACUCCUAGACAAUUUUCUUCGUUAAUUUAUUCUUUGUAAAGUAUUAAGUGUUGUUGUUAAUAUAUGUUUUACUAAUUUAUAUGUUUUUUAUUUAUUCAUUAGAGUAAUAUAUUUUGUUGAUUUUGUUGUUGAUAUUGUUAAGUUUCACAAUCGCAGCUUCUCAGUACCUGUUGUACAGUGGGAAAUCUUUACGGUUUGUUUGGCUUUGUAAAAGUGGGAGUUUUAUAUUAUUUUUUUAUUUAAAAACUUGUUAACAUUGACCCCGUCAAAAUUGUUACAGUGUCUCUACUUGUAACUAA